AUGGCUUCUUCUUCUCCAUUACUUGCUUCCUUCCAAUGCCAUUCCUCGCUCAAUAUUACAAUCAAGCCCAUGGCGGUUCUCAACAAUCUCCCUAAAACAGCGAUCCAAUACGAUCUGAGAAAGGGCCAGAAUCGUCUUUUCCACAAGCUUCCCUCUGGUCUAAAAAUGGAGGUAAUCGAGCAGAGGAAAGAGAAAGACGAGAGUGAGAAUCCACCAUUGGUUUUUGUACAUGGAAGCUAUCACGCAGCUUGGUGCUGGGCUGAGCACUGGUUACCUUUCUUCUCUUCUUCUGGGUUUGAUUCUUAUGCUAUCAGCUUAUUAGGCCAGGGUGAAAGUGAUGAACCUUUGGGAGUAGUUGCUGGAACACUUGAGACGCACGCAAGUGACAUUGCAGACUUCAUCGAAUCAAAUCUCAGCUCAUCGCCUCCUGUUCUUAUUGGUCAUUCUUUUGGAGGACUCAUUGUUCAGUAUUACUUGGCAAAUAUCGUAAACAAACAGUCUUUAGGAUCGGAAAAUGCAUUUCCAGAACUUUCAGGAGCUGUACUGGUUUGCUCUGUUCCACCUUCUGGUAACAGCGGCUUAGUGUUACGUUAUCUCUUCUCUAAACCUGUAGCUGCUUUUAAGGUCACUCUCAGUUUAGCUGCUAAGCGUUUUCAGACAUCUAUUCCUCUUUGCCGAGAAACGUUCUUCUCUUCAUCCAUGGAUGAUCAACUUGUGCAGCGUUACCAGGAUCUGAUGAAAGAGAGCUCACGAAUGCCAUUGUUUGAUCUGAGGAAGCUAAACGCAUCACUUCCGGUACCAAAACCAAUGGAGAAUUCGACGAAAGUUCUUGUUUUAGGUGCCAAAGAUGAUUUCAUUGUGGACGAUGAAGGAUUGAUGGAAACCGGACGGUUUUAUGACGUUGAACCGGUUUGUAUUCAAGGUGUUGCUCAUGACAUGAUGCUAGAUUGUUCAUGGGAGAAAGGUGCCAAGGUUCUUUUGCAAUGGUUGUCUGGUUUGUCUAAACCGGGAAAUCUAUCUGCUUAA